GAGACCAAAAUGAAACUCGUAACCUUCCUCAGCUGGCUCACAGCCUUCUACAGUUUCAGCGGCUGCUGGGCCUCUGAGCUUUCUUUCUUGGUAGAACCCACGGACGUGAUUGCGGUGAGGGAUCGGCCACUCAUGCUGGACUGUCAGGUCCAGGGUGAGGAACCCAUCACAAUUACAUGGCGCAAGAACGGAGUGCCCGUACCCAGUACCCCACGGGUCCGAGUGCUAGAGAACGGCACGCUGCUAAUAAAGAGCUUCCAGAAACGCAGAGAGGGCAGCGAUGCAGACAUGGGCGAGUACGACUGCGCUGCACAGAACCGUUAUGGCCUGCUCGUCAGCCGCAAGGCCAAAGUCCACCUCGCAUCUCUUCCUAAGUUCCACACACACCCUGCAUCAAUGUCUGUGGACGAGGGAGGAGUCGCUCGAUUCCAGUGUCAGAUCAGUGGAGUACCUGAAGCCAGAAUCACAUGGGAGAAAGACCGAGUGCUGCUCAACACCACUGACAGCAGGUACACUCUCCUACCAAUGGGCAUCCUCCAGGUGACAGGUGUGAGAAAGGUGGAUGCAGGGGUUUUCCGCUGUGUUGCCACCAACAUCGCCAACACUCGUUACAGCCACGAAGCCACGCUCAAUGUUACUGGUGGGACUCCAAGAACCUACAAGGAGCCCGUGAUCCUGUCAGGACCUCAGAAUCUGACCAUCACGGUCCAUCAGACCGCCAUCUUGGAGUGUAUCGCCACAGGAAACCCAAGGCCCAUUGUUUCCUGGAGCAGGCUAGACGGGCGCUCCAUUGGGGUGGAGGGCAUCCAGGUUCUCGGGACAGGGAACCUGAUGAUCUCAGACGUAUCCCUGCAGCACUCUGGUGUGUAUGUGUGCGCUGCCAACCGGCCCGGCACCAGGAUGAGGCGCACUGCACUCGGACGCCUCGUGGUACAAGCUCCUCCUGAGUUCCUGCAGUGGCCACAGUCUGUGUCCAAACCAGCAGGGGGCAGUGCUGUGUUCACCUGUGUGGCCCAGGGUGUCCCUGAGCCUCAUCUCAUUUGGCUGAAGAACGGCAAGGUCCUGAUGCCUGGACACAACAUCAAGCUUACCAAUAACAACAGCACUCUGGCUUUGACCCGUAUCAGCUCAGAAGACGAGGCUAUCUACCAGUGCAUUGCCGAGAACAGUGCCGGUACCAACCAGGCCAGCGCCCGCCUGGCCGUGGCGCAGGGUAAAGAUCUGCCCGAUGCCCCACGAGGCUUCACGGCCAAAGCCCUGUCCACGCACGGCCUGCAGAUCAGCUGGGACCAGCCGCCCACCAACGUCACUGAGAGCAUCAUCGGCUACGUGCUGCACAUCCGCAAGAUAGGAGAGGCUGACAGUCUGGAGCUGCAGGAAGCCAUCAGUAAAGGCAACUUUCAGCACGAUGUUACCAACCUGGAGCCAGCCACCACCUACUCUCUUUACCUGAAGGCCUACUCUCCCAUGGGAGCCAGUCAGCAGUCCCAUACUGUGACUGUGACUACAUUAGGGGGCGUGCCUGCUCCACCUACCUACUUCACCAAGGUGUUAAAUUCCAGCGCCGUACAGGUCCUCUGGGAACUUCCCACUAAGGCCGGUAUGGUCGAGGGCUUCAGGCUGUCGUACCGCAGAGUCCCCCACGCUGAGUACCAGAGCCCAAUUCAGCUGCCCUGCUACGUUAAUGCCCACACCAUGUCGAAGCUGGAACCGGGUGCAGUGUAUGAAAUCAAACUGGUUGCCUAUAAUGGGAACGGAGAGAGCGACUGCUCCAAGAGGCUGGUGUCACUCGCAGAGGAGGGCGUGAGAGACCAAAGCACCGGAGGAGACCGUCUAUGUCAGUGCAGGGACGGAGAGGCCUCGCUGGGCAGCAUUGUCAUCGGCAUCCAUAUCGGCACCGCCUGCAUCAUCUUCUGUGUUCUCUUCCUCAUGUUUGGAUACCGUCGCAAUCUGUUUUGCAGUAAAGGGACUCAGGACAGCUGGUCUCCAUCGAGGAUCCAACCAGUGCACACUGGCAUCCCUAAAGAUGGAGAAGCCCUCCCCAGAGGAGAAGCUCAGCAGGUGGUCUGUCCGGCACAAUGCCAGGUUAUCAUUGAUCAACAUUCGUCAGGUUUGCACGCCACAGGCACUGGCUAA